AUGCGCUUGACUGUCGAGCUCAUUCAGAACUCUCUGUCAUACAUAAAUCCGCUCAAGGACCGUGAGCUGGAUCUCCGAGGGCACAAGAUCCCCGCAAUUGAGAACCUGGGCGUUGCCAAACAUCAAGAUGCAAUUGACUUCACGGACAACGACCUCUCUUCGCUCGGGAACUUCCCUUUUUUCCCUCGUCUUCACACCCUCCUUCUUGCGCGAAACCGAAUCAAUCACAUUCAGUCGUCUCUGGCUUCGUCUCUGCCAAAUUUGACAACUCUCGUCUUGACUUCAAAUAACAUUGCCGAGCUCGCGGACCUCGACCCACUGCGGAAAUUGACGAAAUUGACACAUUUGACCCUUCUUGAGAACCCUAUCACACGGAAGGAGCACUACCGAUACUGGGUCAUCUGGCUGCUCCCCUCCGUCCGUUUCCUCGACUACCAUAAAGUGAAAGACGCAGAGCGCACCCAAGCCAAGGAGCUCUUCGGCACUUCCGAAGAACCCUCCUCGCUCGCAUCCAAGAUCAUGGGCAUCAAGUCCCGAACCUUCGACGUUUCCACCAACGCCGCAGACCGCGCCCCAUCAGACAAGGCCAUCCGGGUAAAAUUGACCGCCACCGAGAGGAAGCGAGUGGAGCAAAUGAUCCGCGAGGCAAAGAGUCUGCAAGCGAUCACACGCCUGGAGAAGGAGUUGAACGAGGGACGGAUACCCGGUGGAGCCCUCGGUGCGGGAGAUGCGGACGGAGACGAGAAGAUGCAAAUGUGA